AUGGGGGCCACGUUUGUCUGGGCCUUGGGCCUUUUGAUGCUGCAGAUGCUGCUCUUUGUGGCUGGGGAACAGAGUGUUGUGUUCCACUACCGGGCAGCCCAGGACCGCUAUGCACUGACCUUCGCUGAGGCCCAGGAGGCCUGCCAUCUCAGCUCGGCCAUCAUUGCAGCCCCUCGGCAUCUACAGGCUGCCUUUGAGGAUGGCUUUGACAACUGUGAUGCUGGCUGGCUCUCUGACCGCACUGUUCGGUAUCCUAUCACCCAGUCCCGUCCUGGUUGCUAUGGUGACCGUAGCAGCCUUCCAGGGGUUCGGAGCUAUGGGAGGCGCAACCCACAGGAACUCUACGAUGUGUAUUGCUUUGCCCGGGAGCUGGGGGGAGAGGUCUUCUACGUGGGCCCGGCCCGCCGCCUGACACUGGCUGGCGCGCGUGCACAGUGCCGCCGCCAGGGUGCCGCGCUGGCCUCGGUGGGACAGCUGCAUCUGGCCUGGCAUGAGGGCCUGGACCAGUGCGACCCGGGCUGGCUGGCCGAUGGCAGCGUGCGCUACCCGAUCCAGACGCCGCGCCGGCGCUGCGGGGGCCCAGCCCCGGGCGUGCGCACCGUCUACCGCUUCGCUAACCGGACUGGCUUCCCUUCGCCCGCCGCGCGCUUCGACGCCUACUGCUUCCGAGCUCAUCACCCCACAUCACAACAUGGAGACCUAGAGACCCCAUCCUCUGGGGAUGAGGGGGAGAUUCUGUCAGCAGAGGGGCCCCCAGUUAGAGAACUGGAGCCCACCCUGGAGGAGGAAGAGGUGGUCAGCCCUGACUUCCAGGAACCUCUGGUGUCCAGUGGGGAAGAAGAACCCCUGAUCUUGGCAGAGAAGCAGGAGUCUCAACAGACACUCAGCCCUACCCCUGGGGACCCCAUGCUGGCCUCAUGGCCCACUGGGGAAGUGUGGCUAAGCACGGUGGCCCCCAGCCCUAGUGACACGGGGGCAGGCACUACAGCAAGUUCACACACGGAGGUGGCCCCAACUGACCCUACAGCUAGGAGGAGGGGGCGCUUCAAAGGGUUGAAUGGGCGCUACUUUCAGCAGCAGGAACCGGAGCCGGGGCUGCAAGAGGGGAUGGAGGCCAGCGCCCAGGCCCCAACCUCAGAGGCUGUGGGGAACCAAGUGGAGCCUCCGCUGGCCAUGGCAGUCACAGAGAUGUUGGGCAGUGGCCACAGCCGGAGCCCCUGGGCUGAUCUGACCAAUGAGGUGGAUAUGCCUGGAGCUGGUUCUGCUGGUGGCAAGAGCUCCCCAGAGCCCUGGCUGUGGCCCCCGACCAUGGUCCCACCCAGCAUCUCAGGCCACAGUAGGGCCCCUGUCCCGGAGUUAGAGAAAGCCGAGGGCCCCAGUGCCAGGCCAGCCACCCCAGACCUGUUUUGGUCCCCCUUGGAGGCUACUGUCUCAGCUCCCAGCCCUGCCCCCUGGGAGGCGUCCCCCUUGGCCACCUCCCCAGAUCUCCCUAUGAUGGCCAUGCUGCGUGGUCCCAAACAGUGGAUGCUACCACACCCCACCUCCGUCUCCACAGAGGCCAGUAGAGUUGAGGGACAUAGUGAGGCCAUGGCCACGGCUCCACCUUCCCCUGCUGCAGAGACCCAGGUGUAUUCCCUGCCUCCCUUUUUGACCCCAACAGGACAGGGUGGAGAGGCCAUGCCCACAACACCUGAGUCCCCCAGGGCAGACUUCAGAGAAACUGGGGAGACCAACCUUGCUCAGGUCAACAAAGCUGAACACCCCAGCUCCAGCCCAUGGCCUUCUGUAAACAGGAAUGUGGCUGUAGGUUUUGUCCCCACUGAGACUGCCACUGAGCUAACGGGCCUCAGGGGCAUCUCAGGGUCUGAGUCUGGGGUCUUCGACACAGCAGAAAGCCCCACUUCUGGCCUGCAGGCCACUGUAGAUGAGGUACAGGACCCCUGGCCCUCAGUGUACAGCAAAGGGCUGGAUGCAAGCUCCCCAACUGCCCCCUCGGGAAGCCCUGGAGUCUUCUUAGUACCCAAAGUCACCCCGAGUUUGGAGCCUCGGGUUGCUAAAGAUGAAGGAUCCACUGUGAAUCCCACGGAUUCCACAGUCACGCCAGCCCUCAGUGAUGCUAGUGGAAUUUGGGAACCUGGAUCCCAGUUGUUUGAAGAAGCUGAAAGCACCACCUUGAGCCCUCAGGUGGCCCUGGAUACAAGCACUGUGACGUCCCUAACGACCGAGCAGGGGGACAAGGUUGGAGUUCCAGCCGUGUCUACACUGGCCUCCUCAAGCUCCCAACCCCACCCAGAGCCAGAGGAUCAGCUGGAGACCCAGGGAACAUCAGGAACUUCAGCACCCCCUCAUCAGAGCAGCCCCCUGGGGAAACCAGCUGUUCCUCCUGGGACACCAACUGCCGCCAGUGUGGGCGAGUCUGCCUUAGUUUCCUCAGGGGAGCCUACGGUACCAUGGGACCCCUCCAGCACCCUGCUGCCUGUCACCCUGGGCAUAGAGGACUUCAAACUGGAGGUCCUGGCAGGGAGUCCAGGCGUAGAGAGCUUCUGGGAGGAGGUGGCAAGUGGAGAGGAACCAGCCCUGUCAGGGACCCCUACGAAUGAGGGUGCAGAGGAGGCGCACUCAGAUCCCUGUGAGAACAACCCUUGUCUUCAUGGAGGGACAUGUAAUGCCAAUGGCACCAUGUAUGGCUGUAGCUGUGAUCAGGGCUUCGCUGGGGAGAACUGUGAGAUUGACAUUGAUGACUGCCUCUGCAGCCCCUGUGAGAAUGGAGGCACCUGUAUCGAUGAGGUCAACGGCUUUGUCUGCCUUUGCCUCCCCAGCUAUGGGGGCAGCCUUUGCGAGAAAGACACUGAGGGCUGUGACCGCGGCUGGCACAAGUUCCAGGGCCACUGUUACCGCUAUUUUGCCCACCGGAGGGCAUGGGAAGAUGCCGAGAGGGACUGCCGCCGCCGCUCCGGCCACCUGACCAGCGUCCACUCACCACAGGAGCACAGCUUCAUUAAUAGUAGGGGCUCUGGGGGAGGGGGCCACCUGCCUGGAGGGUGGGCAGGGGUGGCACUUCAAUUCGAGAACUGGCGAGAGAACCAGCCGGACAAUUUCUUUGCGGGUGGCGAGGACUGUGUGGUGAUGGUGGCGCAUGAAAGCGGGCGCUGGAACGAUGUCCCCUGCAACUACAAUCUACCCUAUGUCUGCAAGAAGGGCACAGUGCUCUGUGGUCCCCCUCCAGCAGUGGAGAAUGCCUCACUCAUCGGUACCCGCAAGGCCAAGUACAAUGUCCAUGCCACUGUAAGGUACCAGUGCAAUGAAGGAUUUGCCCAGCACCAUGUGGCCACCAUUCGAUGCCGGAGCAAUGGCAAGUGGGACAGGCCCCAAAUUGUCUGCACCAAACCCAGACGUUCACAUCGGAUGCGGCGACACCACCACCACCACCAACACCACCACCAGCAUCACCACCACAAAUCCCGCAAGGAGCGCAGAAAACACAAGAAACACCCAACGGAGGACUGGGAGAAGGAUGAAGGAAAUUUCUGCUGA